AUGGGCAGAGUUGGUCUUUUGGAUCUUUCAAGUAGCUCUUCAAGCUCUUCUCAGUGUGUUGUUGUACAAUAUGUCACUGCUGCAGGAAGACAUAAUGCUCCUCUUUCCAUAACACAGACAGGUUAGAGAGGUGAGAGUUGCCACUGGGUAUUAUCCAUCUCCUCUUCAGCGUUAGAGGUCAGAGGUUACUAUCCAUCUCCUUUUCAGAGUUAGAGAGGUCAGAGGUUACUAUCCAUCUCCUCUUCAGCGUUAGAGGUCAGAGGUUACUAUCCAUCUCCUCUUCAGCGUUAGAGGUCAGAGGUUACUAUCCAUCUCCUCUUCAGCUGUUCUUUAUAUGUUCUCUGGUAAAUAGCGCUCCUGUCUACGGCCCAAAUGGCACCCUAUUCCAUACAUAGUGCACUACUUUUGACCAGGGCACUCAAUAGAGCAGGGUUCUUCAAUUCCGGUCCUGGAGGGCCGAAACACUUCUGUUUUUUAUUUCUACCUGGUAGUUAAUUGCACUCACCUGGUGUCCCAGGUCUGAAUUAGCCCCUGAUUAGAAGGAGAGGAUGAAAAACAGAGGCGUUUCGGCCCUCCAGGACCAGAAUUGAAGAACCCUGCAAUAGAGAAUAGGGUGCCAUUUGCGAAACAGCCAUAGUGUACAACAGCUCUUCUAUUAUCAGUGGGUCUGGUCUUUCAGCACGCUGUGUCAUGGACACACAACACUGGGUCCUUUGUGUUAGCUAUGAGAUGUGGUUAAGAAGUCUUUCAGCACACUGUGUCAUGGACACACAACACCGGGUCCUUUGUGUUAGCUAUGAGAUGUGGUUAAGAAGUCUUUCAGCACACUGUGUCAUGGACACACAACACCGGGUCCUUUGUGUUAGCUAUGAGAUGUGGUUAAGAAGUCUUUCAGCACACUGUGUCAUGGACACACAACACCGGGUCCUUAGUGUUAGCUAUGAGAUGUGGUUAAGAAUUACAAGUAUAACGGAUCAUAUCUCCCCUAACAGUUUAGCAGAAAUAGUUUUGCUGACAGAAAGACACUUUCAAUCUCUAAUCCUUCUUAGAUUGAUUGCCUUAUGGAUUCAAUUAAAUUGGUGCUUCCUCGGGUGUGUUGUCUUGACAUUUAAUUUCAUGCCAAAUUAAUCACACCACAUGUCUAAUUAUUUAAGUCAAAGUCUGUUCCUGCAACAGCACAGUGCUUUUUCUCUCUUACACACCAGAGUAUAGAGCGGUUAGCUGACAACAUCACCGAAACGAUGCAUGCAUGCGGUUCAAUGGGGCAGAAGGCUGUGUGUUGUGAUUCUGGAUGGCCAGAUACCUAGCAACAAUGAUAAGAAGCUGCCAUGUGGAGAAUCUUAGUUGGCUCAUUUCAACUUGUUUUAACUGGUUCUUCAUACCAUGUCUUCGUUUUGAGGUGUUUGACUGAUGUCACGUCUAUGCCAAUAUGGCUAAAAUUGGCUAGCUAGCUAACCAACAACUGUAACAAUGUAUUUGAGAGACAACAAGUGCUCAUUGUGCAAAUGUAUUUAUGUUUUCAAUAAACAUAGGAGUCGAAAUACACUAUAUAUACAAAAGUAUGUGGACACCUCAAUCAAAUUAGUGGAUUUGGCUAGUUCAGCCACACCCCGUUGCUGAAGAGCUCAGUGACUUUAAAUGUGGCACCGUCAUAGGAUGCCACCUUUCCAACAAGUCAGUUCAUCAAAUUUCUGCCCUGCUAGAGCUGCCCCGGUCAACUGUUAGUGCUGUUAUUGUGAAGUGAAAACAUCUAGGAGCAACAACGGCUCAGCUGCGAAGUGGUAGGCCAACACAAGCUCACAGAACGGGACUGCCGAGUGCUGAAGCGCAUAAUAAUCUUCUGUCUUCGGGUUGCAACACUCACUACCCAGUUCCAAACUGCCUCUGGAAGCAACGUCAGCACAAUAACUGUUAGUCGGGAGCUUCAUGAAAUGGGUUUCCAUGGCCGAUCAGCCGCACACAAGCCUAAGAUCACCAUGCACAAUGCCAAGCGUCGGCUGGAGUGGUGUAAAGCUUGCCCCCAUUGGACUCUGGAGCAGUGUGGAAACGCGUUCUCUGGAGUGAUGAACCACGCUUCACCAUCUGGCAGUCCGACAGACAAAUCUGGGUUUGGUGGAUACCAGGAGGAGGAAUAAUGGUCUGGGGCAGUUUUUUUUCAUGAUUCGGGCUAGGCCCCUUAGUAGACGAAUUAGUGCAAAUAAUUAUUUUUUGCGCUCCCUCCUCUUCUCCAUCCUGCCUCUCCUCUCCUCUCCUCUAUUGUCCUCUCUCUCCAUCCUGCCUCUCCUCUCCUCUCCUCUACUGUCCUCUCUCUCCAUCCUGCCUCUCCUCUCCGCGUAGUCACUAAUUGCCAGACGGCCUCAUGGAUCAGUGUUAGAGGAACUGAAGGAAAUUGACAGCCGUACGUACGUACCUUCCUCCUGCCUGCCUGCCUCGGAGAGACUGAUCAGGGGGUAGAAACAGACAGAAGAGGGAGGGAGGGAGGGAGGGAGGGAGGGAGAGAGAGAGAGAGAGGGAGAGAGAGACUUUGUGGCAACAGUUUGGGGAAGGCCCUUUCCUCUUUCAGCAUGAUAAUGCCCCCAUGCACAAAGCGAGGUCCAUACAGAAAUGGUCGUGGAGAUCGGUGUGGAAGAACUUGACUGGCCUGCACAGAGUCCUGACCUCAACCCCAUUGAACACCUUUGGGAUGAAUUGGAACGCCGACUGCGAGCCAGGCCUAAUCGCCCAACAUCAGUGCCUGAACUCACAAAUGCUCUUGUGGCUGAAUGGAAGCAAGUCUCCACAGCAAUGUUCCAACAUCUAGUGGAAAGCCUUCCCAGAAGAGUGGAGGCUGUUAUAGCAGCAAAGGGGGGACCAACUCCAUAUUAAUGCCCAUGAUUUUGGAAUUAGAUGUUUGAUGAGUAGGUGGCCACCUACUUUUGGUCAUGUAGUGUAUUUUAAAUGGGAAAUAGGAUGACUGGGCAGGACAUUCAUUUUUGGACAAAAUUAAUUAUAUGUACCCAUUGAUUAUUGAAGAAUAUAACUUAUAAAUGCCUCAUUAGCUUAGUUCAACUGUCGUACCCCAUCAGAACCCCAAAUAUAAGCUUGUUUUUAUAUUGAUUUAAGAAUAGUUAUCAACAAUCUAAGCCAACCCUGUCUGUUUUGCCCCAUAGUUGCGCAUGCAAUGGUUUUGUUGCUAAACAACCAAACCGUCUAUUUCUGCCCUAAUAUUAUGAUAGCCCAACAAUGCAGAUCAACCCUGCUGGUCUCCUAGGCAACAUGCAGUAUGUAUUGUUUUGGUUUUGAUUAUCUGAAAAGAGAUCAAUACAUCAGCCAUCUGUAGACCAUCAGUAGACCAUCUGUAGACCAUCGGUAGACCAUCUGUAGACCAUCUGUAGACCAUCAGUAGACCAUCUGUAGACCAUCUGUUGACCAUCUGUUGACCAUCUGUUGACCAUCUGUAGACCAUCUGUAGACCAUCUGUAGACCAUCAGUAGACCAUCUGUAGACCAUCUGUAGACCAUCUGUAGACCAUCUGUAGACCAUCUGUAGACCAUCUGUAGACCAUCAGUAGACCAUCAGUAGACCAUCAGUAGACCAUCUGUAGACCAUCUGUAGACCAUCUGUAGACCAUCAGUAGACCAUCUGUAGACCAUCUGUAGGAGGAAAACACAAGGAGAGAGAGAGAAAGACUGAAAGAGAGGAGAGAGAGACUGUUAUGACAGGCCGAAAAUAGACAAAUGAGUGCAAAGGAUUUUUUUAGCGCUCCCUCCUCUUCUCCAUCCUGCCUCUCCUCUCCUCUCCUCUACUGUCCUCUCUCUCCAUCCUGCCUCUCCUCUCCGCGUAGUCACUAAUUGCCAGACGGCCUCAUGGAUCAGUGUUAGAGGAACUGAAGGAAGUUGACAGCCGUACGUACGUACCUUCCUCCUGCCUGCCUGCCUCGGAGAGACUGAUCCGGGGGGGGGGAGAGAGAGAGAGAGAGAGAGAGAGGCUGAUGUAAACAGAUUCCUCUGUUCUUCUGAUUAUACAUCCGUCGCUUGCCUGCAGGACUGAGGUACAAGGAGUCUUACUCAUCUAUUUUCUCUUUCUCCUCUCUCUCUCUUCCCCUCUCUCUCCCCUCUCCAUCUCUCUACCUCAUUCUCUCUCCCUAUCUCCUCUCCAUCCCUCUCUCUCUCUCUCGCUCUCCCUCUGUAGAGUACGGAGCAGGUCGCAGCGUUCUGCCGCAGUCUCCAUGACAUGAAUCCGUCUGAGUGUGCCACAAGUUCCUCGUCCCCCAGCCUGGAGUCGCCCUUUCCUCCACCCGCCACCCGACAGCUCUCCGACGCCGACAAGCUACGCAAAGUAAUCUGUGAGCUGGUGGAGACGGAACGCACCUAUGUCAAAGUCAGUACUACCAUAGUACUACAUCUCUGCUGUGGGUGUGUGUGGGGGGAGGGGAGGGGGGGGGGGGGGGGGGGGGGGGGGGGUGUGUGUUUGUGGGAGGGGUGUUUUUAAUUUUUUAGGGGUUAGAUCAGCUUUAAUAUUGCAGAUAGAUUGUAACUUCCAUCAAUGUAAUUGUCUGCAUCACUUCCAAUCCCCCAUAUGUUUUUUUCUUCUUUUUAUAUACACAUACAUACACAUAUAUAUAUAUAUAUAUAUAUAUAUAUAUAUAUAUAUAUAUAUAUAUAUAUAUAUAUAUAUAUAUAUAUAUAUAUACACAUAUAUAUAUACAUACACAUACAUAUACAGAUUGAUCUGUGUUUAUACCCCAGGAGAGCUAUAUGCACACAGCUGUGCCCUCGGCAGACAGACACACUGCCUAAUCCAAUUCUGUACAGGACAAAUGUGACUGGGAAGAGUUAUAUCUGGGUCACAGAACACAGCAAUACAUAUUAUAUAGUAUAACUGGGUUAUAGAAUACAGCAAAGCAAUACAUAUUACGGUAUUAUAACUGGGUUACAAAGAAGCUCUGAGAUAUCAAAGCGAACCCAUAAUAUAACCUGAGUACCUAUGUAAUCUGAUCUAACUAGAAACAGAGAUGUCACUUUAACCAACCCAGUCAGUGUGAGACCUAAGGGUAUGAAGGAUCUAUAUAUUUUACACGUGAUUAGGAACAGUAUUAUUUUUAUUCAACUCUUUGCAUGACAGUUGGUGUAG